AUGGCCGAGGCUGCGGGGGGCGCGUCCCCGGAGGGCGAGCGAGGCAAGAGGCCCCCGCCGGAGGGAGAGCCCGCAGCCCCGGCGUCCGGAGUCCUGGAUAAGCUUUUCGGGAAGCGGCUCCUGCAAGCCGGCCGCUACCUGGUGUCGCACAAGGCGUGGAUGAAGACGGUGCCCACAGAGAACUGCGACGUGCUCAUGACCUUCCCAGACACGACCGACGACCACACGCUGCUGUGGCUGCUGAACCACAUCCGCGUGGGGAUCCCCGAGCUCAUCGUGCAAGUGCGCCAUCACCGCCACACGCGCGCCUACGCCUUCUUCGUCACCGCCACCUACGAGAGCCUGCUGCGCGGCGCCGACGAGCUGGGGCUGCGCAAGGCCGUGAAGGCCGAGUUCGGCGGGGGCACGCGCGGCUUCUCCUGCGACGAGGACUUCAUCUACGAGAACGUGGAGAGCGAGCUGCGCUUCUUCAGCUCCCAGGAGCGGCAGAGCAUCAUCCGCUUCUGGCUGCAGAACCUGCGGGCUAAGCAGGGCGAGGCGUUGCACAACGUGCGCUUCUUGGAAGACCAGCCAAUCAUCCCGGAGCUGGCGGCCCGCGGGAUCAUCCAGCAGGUGUUCCCCGUCCACGAGCAGCGCAUCUUGAACCGCCUCAUGAAGUCGUGGGUGCAGGCCGUGUGUGAAAACCAGCCUCUAGAUGACAUCUGUGAGUACUUCGGUGUGAAGAUCGCCAUGUAUUUCGCCUGGCUGGGUUUCUACACGUCGGCCAUGGUGUACCCGGCCGUCUUCGGCUCGGUCCUGUAUACGUUCACCGAGGCUGACCAGACGAGCCGGGACGUGUCCUGCGUGGUCUUCGCUCUUUUCAACGUGAUCUGGUCGACGCUGUUCUUGGAGGAGUGGAAGCGGAGAGGGGCGGAGCUGGCCUACAAGUGGGGGACGCUGGACUCGCCCGGGGAAGCCAUAGAGGAGCCACGCCCACAGUUCCGGGGCGUGCGACGCAUCAGCCCGGUGACGCACGCCGAGGAGUUCUACUACCCGCCCUGGAAGCGGCUGCUUUUCCAGCUGCUCGUGAGCCUCCCGCUCUGCCUGGCCUGCCUCGUCUCCGUGUUCCUGCUCAUGCUGGGCUGCUUCCAGCUGCAGGAGCUGGUGCUGAGCCUGAAGGGGCUGCCCCGACUGGCCCGCUUCCUGCCCAAGAUCGUGCUGGCCCUGCUGGUCAGCCUGAGCGCCGAGGGCUACAAGAAGCUGGCCAUCUGGCUCAAUGACAUGGAGAAUUACCGGCUAGAGAGCGCCUACGAGAAGCACCUCACCAUCAAGAUUGUCCUGUUCCAGUUUGUCAACUCCUAUCUGAGCCUCUUCUACAUCGGCUUCUACCUCAAGGACAUGGAACGCCUGAAAGAGAUGCUGGCCACGCUCUUGAUCACCCGCCAGUUCCUUCAGAACGUGCGCGAGGUCCUGCAGCCGCACCUGUACCGGCGGCUGGGCCGCGGCGAGCUGGGCCUGCGCGCUGUCUGGGAGCUGGCCCGCGCCCUGCUUGGCCUGCUGAGCCUCCGGCGCCCGGCGCCCCGCCGCCUCGAACCCCAGGCCGACGAGGGCGGCGGCGGGGGAGGGCGCAGAUGCCCGGGCGGGGGCUGCGGGGCGCCCGAGGACGAGGAGGAGGCGGCGGCGACGGUGGAGCGGCGGCCUGCGGGCGAAGGGGGGGAGGUGGGGGACGGGCCUCGGGGAGGCGAGGAGGAAGAGGAGGAGGAGGAAGAGGAGGAGGAAGAGGAGGAGGAGGAGGAGGAGGGCGAGGAAGGUGGCCUCCUGGACUGUGGGCUCCGGCUGAAGAAAGUCAGCUUUGCCGAACGCGGCGCCGGGCGGCGGCGGCCUGGGCCAAGCCCGGAGGCCUUCCUGGAGGAGGGGAGCCCCACCCUGGUGGAGAAGGGGCUGGAGCCCGGCGUGUUCACGCUGGCCGAGGAGGACGACGAGGAGGCGGAGGGGGCGCCCAGCAGCCCUGAACGGGAGCCCCCAGCCAUCUUGCUUCGCCGGGCCGGGGGCGAGGGGCGCGACCAGGGGCCGGACGGGGGCCCAGACCCGGAGCCUGGCUCGGGCGAGUCGGCGGCGGGGAGGCAGAGGCGGCAGAACCGGUCAUCGUGGAUCGACCCGCCCGAGGAGGAGAGCUCGCCCCAGCUCACCCAGGCGGAGCUGGAGAGCUGCAUGAAGAAAUACGAGGACACCUUCCAGGACUACCAGGAGAUGUUCGUGCAGUUCGGCUACGUCGUGCUCUUCUCGUCCGCCUUCCCCCUGGCCGCGCUGUGCGCCCUGGUCAACAACCUCAUCGAGAUCCGCAGCGACGCCUUCCGGCUGUGCACGGGACUCCAGCGGCCCUUCGGCCAGCGCGUCGAGAGCAUCGGCCAGUGGCAGAAAGUCAUGGAGGCCAUGGGCGUGCUGGCCAUCGUGGUCAACUGCUACCUCAUCGGCCAGUGCGGGCAGCUGCAGCGCCUCUUCCCCUGGCUGAGCCCGGAGGCGGCCAUCGUGUCCGUGGUGGUGCUUGAGCACUUCGCUCUGCUUCUCAAGUACCUCAUCCACGCGGCCAUCCCCGACAUCCCCGGCUGGGUGGCCGAGGAAAUGGCCAAACUCGAGUACCAGCGGCGGGAAGCCUUCAAGAGACACGAGCGCCAGGCCCAGCACCGCUACCAGCAGCAGCAGCGGCGGCGGCGCGAGGAGGAGGAACGCCAACGCCACGCCGAGCACCACGCCCGGCGAGAGCGCGAGGCCGGCAGCCGCGAGGAGGCGCGGGCCGAGGGCUCCGGGCUGGACCCCGCCGCCGCCGCCGCCGCCGCCUCCGCCGCCGCCUCCGCCUCCGCCUCCGAGAAGUCCUCCGCCAAGGCCAAGGGCAGCGGGCCGGGCGGCCACAGCGCCGAGCGCCCCAAGCGCCCGGGGUCCCUGCUGGCCCCCAACAACGUCAUGAAGCUCAAACAGAUCAUCCCGCUGCAGGGCAAGUUCCUGUCGUCGGCAGCUGCGGCGGCCACGUCCUCCCUGGCGGGCUCCGGCGCUGGCCAGGCCGCGCGGCCGCCCCCCGCCCAGUCGCCCACGGGUGGGGACACGCGCCUGCCAGCCUUCCUCAGCUUCAAGUUCCUCAAAUCGCCCGAGACGCGGCGAGACCCCGAGCGCAGCCACUCCCCGCCCAAGGCCUUCCACGCCGGCAAGCUCUUCCCCUUUGGGGGCGCCCGGGCAGACGCCGGGGCCAACGGGGCCGGAGGGCAGCAGGCGCGGUCGGAGGGGACCCCGGGCAGCGGCGGCGGCGGCGGCCGGGCACAGAGGAGUGGGCAGGCGGAGGAGGCCUCGGCGGAGGAGCUGGAAGCCCCGCGGCCCGAGGACGAAGGCUCAGGGACAGCGCUGGCCUCUGCCCUGCGCGCCCGCCGCAGCCGGAGCCCCGCGCAGCCGCCGCCGCCAGUGCCGCUGCCCCGGCCCCCGACGCCGCCCGCCGGCUGCUGGCAGUGGGACGGGCCGUGGGGCUGCGGGGGCGAGGGCGCCGCCUCCCGCCCGGCCCCGCCGGCCGCCGAGUGCCCGCCCUGCGCCCUGGCCGGGCCCCCGCCCGCCCCGCAGCCCCUGCCGGGGGACGCCAGCUUCUACAGCCUCCCGCCCCCGCCGCCGCCGCCGCCGCUGCCCACCUCGGAGCCCCCCGCGUCCCCGGCGCUCUCGCCCAGCCCCAGCCCCAGCCCCCAAGCCGUGUGCUGGCCCAGCGGCUGGCAUUAGCUCCCCGGCCGCCGCCCUCUCUCCCGUCAGAUGCAGUAGCGGGCACUGAAGGCGGCGGCGGGAAGACGCGCCUGGCCGCGGCCCCCAGGACAGCCCCGGUGUUGGCCGAGCCCUCCCCGGGCUGUGGGGAGGGGGAGGCAGGGGAGCCCGGCCCCCCAUCUGCCGUUUCCUUUAAGACCAGGAGGUGGGGGAGGGGGAGACCAAAGGCGACCCCUCCCCUAAACACCAAUAGGAAAACACACUGACGAAGAGUAGGCGGUUAUUUAUUUGUUUUUAAUUUAUUUUGUCAUAUUUUUGUAAAACGGCAGAAAUGCAAUAAAAAGUCUAU